AUGGCACGUGAGCAAGACUACUCGGCUCUUAUGCGUGGACUGCAGGAGCUUGAUUUCCGUAAGCGACAGACACCUAGUGACCUGGUGCUGAUUGGUGACCAUGCUUUUCCAUUGGCCAUGAAUCCAAGAGGUCAGGUUUUAAUGGCAGCAUCUCGCUACGGCCAGGGAAGGGUGGUGGUGUUGGGACAUGAGGAAUAUCUCACAGCGUUUCCUGGUUUGGUCGAGAACGCCUUGUCUUGGCUGAUGCCCUGUGCUGAUCCUACACCUUCUGUGGGCAUUCAUCAAAGCUGCAGUGCAGUUGCUGACAACUUGUGUUAUUCUGCUAUAAAUGCAGAGUUGGGAGACUUUCGAAGUGGCUUUGGUGUGUAUGUCUGCGAUGCCUAUAAUGUAGAAAUGUGUGCUAAGGAUCUGGUGGCCUUCCUCAAAGCUGGAGGAGGUCUGCUCAUCGCAGGUCAGGCCUGGAGCUGGGCAGAGGCCAAUCCAAAGGAGAACGCUUUGCUCAGCUUUCCGGGGAACAAAGUGUGUAGUGUAGCAGGAAUCUACUUCUCGGAACACCAAGGGGAGCUUGGUACGUUUCCUGUACCCAUGCAGAUUCCCGUCAGCUGGCUCUCUGUGUCGAUAGGCAAAGAUUUCAAAGAAGACCUGGAAUUUCUUCUGAGAGGAGUUUCAGAGUUUGACAUCCGGGGUGGAGCUACGCCCUCUGAGGUCUUGGUGCACGGACCAUUAGCAUUUCCCAUUGGAACUACUCCAGAUGGAAGAGCCUUUAUUGCUGGAGCAUACUAUGGGCAGGGUCGUGUAAUUGUGGCUACCCAUGAGGGUUACUUGGGACGCGAAUCAUUAUCCACUUUCAUGGUCAAUGCCAUUCACUGGUUGGAUGAGGGGCGCAAUGGGCUGGUUGGUGUCCUGCCCAAACUGAAAGGAGCAUGUACACAGCUGAACAAGUCUGGGCUGAAAUGUCAACAGACUGGCUUCAAGGAAGGACUCAGUGUCUAUGUGUGUACCUCCUACAGUGACGCCCAAUGUGAUGAAAUCCAAGACUUUGUGGCUGAAGGCGGUGGACUCCUUAUUGGUGGUCAUGCUUGGUAUUGGGCUCAAACCCACACAGGGUGUAAUGUUAUGACUGAUUACCCUGGAAAUCACAUCCUUAACAAGAUGGGGCUGUGUCUCUUGGGCAACACUUUGAGUGCAGGGCUUUACAAGGCUCGACAAUCAAAGCAAUGCGCUGAAGAUUACCAUUUCCGCAGCAUGCUGCAGCAUUUUGCUGAACAUGUGACCUUAGGCAAGAAACUGGAGGAGCAUGAGCAGGCUUCUUUAAAGAGGCUUGGCAGUGACUGUGCCAGGUAUCUACAAAUGCAAGCGCAUGAAUGUGCCUCUUAUGCCUCGGUGUUGACAGUCCUCACCGACAUGGUAAAAAAGGCAGGGGUUCCACAGGUGUGUCACAAGUGUCCAGUCAAAAGUCCUAAAGAUCACCUCCUCCUCAAUGUUGGGGCAGAAGUGUACAAAGUUUGCUCAGACCCUGAUGCUCUACUGCCCUACAUCAUUAAGGAUAGACCUAAUCUGCCCACUGUCUCCAAUGCAAGGAUACGCAUCAGUGCCAAAACGGAAGGUUGUGAGGAAUGGAUAAGCACUGGUUUGUAUCUUUCCCCUGGAAUGAAGACUUACAUAGCAAUCCCCCCACAAAUCAUUGGGAAAGGCUGGAAGAUUCAGAUUGGUUGCCAGACAGAUAACAUCGGCAAAGCAGAUGUUCUGAAGAGGGCUGCAGUGGUACAUCAACGAUAUCCUGUGAAUGCAGAGAUGAUACAAGUGCAUAACCUUUGGGGAGGCCUCAUUUAUCUCAUAGCUCCACCCAAAAGUCAAGUGGAAGAUGUGGAGGUCAUUGUACAGAUUGCUGUCCAAGCACCCUACUAUAAGUCUGGAGAAACCAGUGUGGAAGAGUGGGUGGACCAUAUCCGAAAUGCACCUGCACCCUGGGCGGAGCUUGAGUUUGAAAAUAUCAUCCUCACCAUGGAGUCAGAAGUGAUCCGGCAUCUAGACCGUCCUGAUGAAGUGGCCGCGUUGUGGGACGACAUUAUGAGGGGAAUUGCUGACCUAGCUGCCAAGCCUGCAAAAUUCCACCGCAAAGAACGCUUUGUGGCUGAUGUUCAGAUCUCUCACGGUUUUAUGCAUGCUGGCUAUCCAGUUAUGAUGCAUUCCUCAUCUGCCAGAGCCCUGGUGGAUCCUGGUAAAGCUCGUAAAACAGGCCUGUGGGGGGCCAUCCAUGAGCUUGGCCAUAAUCAGCAACGUGGGGUCUGGGAGUUCCCCCCGCAUACCACUGAGUGCACAUGCAACAUCUGGUCAGUCUAUAUCCAUGAGACAGUGCUGGGAGUCAUUCGGGAACGGGCUCAUCAGAAUAUGUCUUCUGACAGAAGGCUUACUCGUGCAAAGAACUAUGUCAAGUCUGGCCGGGACCUGAAGAACUGGAGUGUUUGGACAGCGCUGGAGACCUACAUGCAGCUUCAAGAUGAGUUUGGCUGGGACGCCUUCAAAAAAGUAUUUGCCGCCUACCACCAAAUGAAGGAUGUGCCAAAGAAUAAUAAGGGCAAGAUGAAUGUGUAUGCUGAAACCUUUUCCAAAGUGGUCAACAGGAAUCUGGCUCCCUUCUUCAAAGCUUGGGGCUGGCCAAUUGAGCCCAGCACUGAGGAGAGACUCUCCAGUCUGGCUGUAUGGAGCGACCACCCUAUGGCUCAGUUCGCUUAA